CCCAGCCAUCAGAGUUGAUGAACUAAACGUAGCUUUUUCAAUCACCACAAUGAGAAGAAACCACGCGCUCACAUGAUUCAUGUGUGAGAAUCCAGCUACUAUUAAAGAUCUGAAAGAUCCCUUUCAGCUCUGAACGACCUCUUCCCUGAAUUAAGCGGGCCUGGGGGGUGGGAUUGCGCGCUUUCGCGCCCCCUCCACUGGUUGCUUUCUGGCGGGAAGCGCCCCUUCUUCCCUCAGUCGGCUUGUUCUGCGCGCAAAACGACAGUCGUCCGCUCGUCGGCGUCUGGCAGCACCAAUCUACCUAAAGUCGUCAUUCCUCGUAGAAGCGGCGGGCCGAGGAGGAGGCGAAAGUUGCUCCGGACCGUGUGACCGUCGGGAGGACCGUAAGCCAUCCACGCUCCUCUCAUCCUUCCUUCCUUCCUUUUCCUCCUCCUGCCCGGAGGAGAAGCCCAAAGAGCCCCAAGGCUAUAGAAAGGCAGCUGUCCGCUCUCCAAGCUCCCUAGACGGCCGCUUCUUCAAGCGGGUCACAUUUCAACUGCUCUAACCAUCACUUGAAAAAAAGGAUGGAAAAAGCCACAGAAUUUUCAUCAGAUGGCAACUCUUUGAUUAAAGCUGUUUAUCACAGAAGACUUCGCCUUACAAGAUUAUUGUUAGAAGGUGGAGCCUACAUUAAUGAAAGCAAUGACCAUGGUGAAACACCUUUAAUGGUUGCUUGUAAAACAAAGCACGUAGACCAUCAGAGUGCUAGCAAAUUCAAAAUAGUGAAAUACCUUUUGGAAAAUAAUGCAGAUCCAAACAUACAAGACAAAGCUGGAAAGACAGCUUUGAUGCACGCCUGCUUGCAAAAAGCUGGCCCUGAAGUGAUUUCUUUGCUCAUUAGAAGUGGAGCUGAUUUAAGUUUACAAGACCAUUCAGGAAACACAGUUCUUCUAUAUUCAGUGAAUUCGGAGGACAAGGAAACUCUAAAAAUUAUUCUAGAUGCUUGUAAAGCAAAGGGAAAAGAAGUUAUAAUCAUUACCAAAGACAGAUCUCCAUCUGGAAAGAAAAGAACUAGGCAGUUCUUAAAUGUACCUCCUCCUGAUGUUGAUGAAUGCCAGUUUUCAAGUUCUUGUACUUCUCCGUCAGAAGUAGAAGUUAAAACAACCUUGCCCCCUCCUACAGAUUCAAAUGACACAAACGAGUCUCUCUUUAAUUUCAAAGAACUGAGUCAUCCUGUAAGAAAGGAAGGUGCAUCUGAACAGCAUUCUCCUUCUAGAAAAAUACACACAGGUCCUCAAAUGCCAAACACCAAAAUUUACUCUGAACCUUGGAUGAAAACUUCCCCUUCACUCUUGAAUCAGAACCAAAUAUCUUGUUUACAAGAAGAGCUUCAUGAUAUAACUCCAGAAGAAGAGUUAUGUUUCAAAAUCAAUAAUCUAGCCCUGUCUAAGAGAUAUAUCACUAGGCAUCACAGCAUUGAUAUUAAGGAUACCCUUAAUUUCUUGAAAAGCUUUGAACAAACUGCCUCAAGAAAGAUGUCAUGUGAUGAAAUAAACUCUAAUUCACUUUUUGGUGAGACUGGUCGAAGUGAAAUCCCUUCAGAACAAAAUAUGGAUUUGACCCAUAUGAACUUCAUUUCCACCCUGAAAAGCAUUGUUCAAAGGAGAAACCUGGGUGCAAACCACUAUAGUUCUGAUUCACAGUUAACUAGCUUAGGCCCUGUUACAGAAGACAGCAAAUUACUUCUAGGGAAGAAAAAGCUUCUUUCACCAUCUCCAUCACUAUCUUCAAGUUCUAAAGAAUUGAUUGAAAAUAUGCCUCCAAGUUUCUUAAGCAGGAGAAAUCACGCUAUUCUAGAGAGACGGGGUUCAGAUCAUACUGCCCUGGCUAGACCUAACUUUCUCCCCCCCUUAAAUGUGAACUUUCAUUCCCCAAUCUCUGAUCUCUAUAAGAUAAAUAACAUAUCUUCCUGUGGACAAAAACCCCUAAUUCCAGCAGCACCAGCUUAUCCCAAAGACUUCAAGAACACAACUCUGUUGACAAGAAGACAGUCAUUACAAACAGAGCAGAUCAAGCAGCUGGUGAACUUUUAGCAAAUGAUAAACAAUGAUGAGAAACGUGUGUCUGUUCCCUCAAUUUUUUUUUCUUGUAUGAAAAUUAGCUGCUCAAGCAUCUCUGUUAACAAUUACAUCAGGCAUUCGUUUUUUCUAAAUUGAUGUUGAAAUGAAGCUGCAAAAAGAACCAAGUCCUGUUUGAUUGGGGAAAUAUAUGUCUAUAUAUAAAUGGAUCACACAUGUAAACCUUAAUGUUUAUUUAGCUUUAGUUUAGCAUGUUGUAUGAACCCAGCCCAUGGUAGCUUAUGAACAGUAUCUGUGACUUGGCAGCUUAUUUGAAUUCAUCUGCAGUGAGCUACGAAAUACCGCUGCCCUCAUCAUACAUUCCAUUAUAAACAUGAAAUAUUGGAUAUUCUUGCUUAGCAUAAGUAUUUUAACUACAAGUUGUUCAUAGAACACUUUUAACAUUAACAAAUGUUAUGCAAGUGUUUUUAUACAAUCUACUGCAUCCUUCUCCAGUGGAGCUUCCCAGACAUGUUAGUUAGACUAUCCAUCAGCUGCUCAUCCCCCUGUUGUCAUGUGACUGCAUUUUGGGCACUCAGCAGCUGACCCACAUUUAUGGCCAUUUGCAGUGGCCUUUAGUCACAUGAAUGCAAUUUAUGAUGUUUUUGCUGAAAAUCAAGUAUUUUCUUGUGAUUUUUAGCAGAAAUGCCCCAUAAUGAACAAUGGGUUCACUUAACAAUUGCCACAAAAAGGUUAUAAAAUAGAUCUGGUCAUGGUGACCCACUUUAUGUCUCACAAGUUAUCACCUAAUUAUGGCAGGGUCCAUUAUUAUAAGUCAAGGAUGACCUGUAUAAUAUAUUCACACGGGUAAUAGAAUAUCAUUAGGGAAAGAAAGAAAAGGAGAUCUCUAUGUGCAGAUAGAGAUAGCUUAGCUUUCACAUGUGUCACUUACAAAUUUAGAGAUACUAAAAAAAAACAAAGCCACUUCUCUAAAAAUUGUUGAGUAAUAUUGUGUUUAUUAGUCCCUUCUCUAACAAAGAUCUUGAUCAAAAUGCAUUAAGACUAAUCCAGACUUUUCAGUAGGACCAGUUUAGCCAUUAACUAUUGGGAAUAUUCAUAUAGUCUGAUUUUUUUCAGAUGGGUUAGGCUUCAGUUUCUGUAAUUAUCUAGCCAAUAAUCCAGUCUGAAAAUUAUGGAAGUUGAAGUCUACCACAUCCAAAGGUUGUUAGGAGCCCUAGUGAUGCAGUGGUUAGAAUGCAAUAUUGCAGGCCAACUCUAUCUACAGCCUGGAGUUCGAUCCUGGCUGUGGCUCAAGGUUGGCUGGCUCAAGGUUGAUCCAUCCUUCCGAGGUCGGUAAAAUUAAGACCCAGAUUGUUGGAUGCAAUAUGCUGACGUAAACUGCCCAAAGAGUGCUGUAAAGCACCACUGGGUGGUAUAUAAGUCUUAAGUGCUAUUGUCAAUUGCUAUAUUGGAUAUUUGGAUCUACAGUGUCGUUGCAUGGGAACGAUAGCUUUCACGUACAGUUAGGCCUUGCUGAAUUUGGCAGGUGCUCUUUUUAUGUUUCCGCUACGUGUUUUAAGCUCUUUAGACAUCUGUUAUGAAAAAUAACUUUGCUAUUUACUCUUGUUCUAUGGGAAUAAAAAGGAAAUAUGAACACUGUAAAUGUCAGAAUUAAACUUUGUGCUGGAACAAUUCCUGUGAAGAAAUGUCAGACCUCAGUGCUUAGCACUAACAGGUGCUUUAAAAUUGUUUUGAAGCUUUUAGUCUCUCAAUUUCUGAAAUAAGAUCAGGAUUUACAACAAUAAAAGUAUAUACCUAGAUUUAAACCAUGGAAUUAUUGAUGGUGUUUUGUUCUAAAGUUUUUGGUACACUCAAUACUAAAAUAGUAUUAAAAAGACUGCAAUUUUAUGCAAUUUUUACAGAUUCUUCUGAGUAUCAAGAUCUUCAUUUAGUCUUUGGGAUUAUGAGGUGGCUUCUUCUAAUCUGAAAAGGGAUUUUAUUAUGGUAUC